AUGGAGAAGAGAUUUUCGCUGAACUUCACCCUGCCAGCUAACACAACUUCCUCUCCAGCUGCCACAGGUGGGAAAGAAGCAGACUGUGGGCCUUCCCUGGCAGUUGCAGCAGCUGUGCCAUCCCUGGUGGCCACAGCCCUGCUGGUGGCCUUACUGUUUACUGUCCUACAACGAAGAAGCCGCCGCAGCCCUGAGUCCAUCGAGGAAAUUGAGAGACCAUGUGAAAUUGCAGAAAUCUAUGACAAUCCCAAAAUCUCUGAGAAUCCUAGGAGAUCACCCACACACGACACAAGUGAGACAGCAGCGCAAGAAGGCCACAUCUACGUGAAGACUGUGUCGGGCAGCCAGGAGCCUGUGCGUGACACUUACCGCCCUGGUGGAGACGAGGAGAGGAGGAAGGGAUUGUGGUGGCUUAUUCCCAACCUGAGCCUAGAAUGA